AUGGACAUUUUUCAACUUAAUGAAUUAACAGAUGAGAUGAUGAAUUUAUGUGAUGAUAAAUUUUAUAAUUUUCUUGAAGUAACAUUAAAUAAAGAUUUAUGUGAGCUUUUCCGAGUUCAGGCUAUUCGAAAUAUGUCAUCAUUAUCAUCAGUCACCGUGGAUCAAAUAAUACAAAUACUUACUGUUGAAAUAAUUGAUUUAAGUUAUUUGAGAAAAUCACUUGGUUUUGUAACAACUGAUGGAGGUUUUCAUCUUCGACUUGGUCAUCGUAAUCUAUUAGAGCGUUUAUUAAUGUUAGUAAAAUGUAAAAAGAACUCCAUUAUUAAAAAUAUUGAAUCAACAAAUAAAUAUAAUAAUAAUCAAAUUCAAGAAAAACUUCUAGAAAUAUGGAAGCAAACAUCUAGUUCAACAAAUGAAACCAAUAUUCCAAUUCUAUUUCCAUGGAUUACGAAUGUGUUUAAAAAUUUAGAAAAAACAAAAAAUAAAUAUAGUUAUGAUGAUCAUAUUCGAGAAUUUGCAUUAUUGAUAUUUAUUUUUGGAGGUCGAAAUUGUUAUGAAUUUCUUAGAUUAAACUUGCCGGCAGCAUUGCCUCAUGUAUCUAAUUUAGAAUUAUUAAUUAGAAGUCAAGAAUACAAGAUGAUUGAAUGUGAAUUUAGAUUCAAUUUGUUAAAAGAAUAUUCACGAUCAGCUAAUUGUAAUUUCAUUUUUGUAGCUGAAGAUGCAACUCGUUCAAUGUCAUGCGUUGAGUAUGAUGCUUUGUCUAAUACUUUUAUUGGUUUUUCAUCACCUUUAGUUAAUGGGUUACCACAAUUGAAUUUUUUUCGUACAGAAAGUUUUGAUGUAUUGAAGAAUUGGUUCGAUAAAACAGAUAUAUCUAAAUUUAUAAAUCUUUAUAUGGCAAAAUCUUUAACACCAUCUGCACCUCCUAUUAUUUUAUCUGCUUAUGGUUCGAAUAACCAGUUCGAAGCAAUUGAUGUUAUCAAAAGAUGGUUGUUUAUUUAUAACCAAAGUUUAAUUCAGGGUACACGAGUAAUCGGUUUUAGUACAGACGGUGAUUCUCGUUAUCUUAAAGCAAUGCGUCUAUGCUCCGGUUUUUUUGCUAAAUUACCUAAUUUGAAUUUAUUCAAGAAUAGUGAUCCAUUUGCUAUAAAAAUACCUGAACAUUGGUCUUGGUUUUUUAUGAAACAACAACAAGUACUUCUUUUUAUGCAAGACCCAACACAUAUCUUGACUAAACUUCGUAACAGACUUCUCUCUUCAGUAGCAAAUUUGAGAAUGGGAAAUUAUUCAAUUGAUAUUGAAGAUUUAAUUCAUUUAAUAGUAUCAAAAAGUAAAAUCGAACACAAUCUCAUAAGAUCUGAUGUUAAUGCAAAAGAUCGCCAAAAUUUUUCUUCUUGCUUGCGAAUAUCAUCUGAAUUAGUCUUAAAUUUAUUGAAUAAGAAUGACAAUGCUAAAGGUACAUAUGUAUAUUUAACAUUAUUGAAUUUACUUAUACAUGGAUUUAUAAAUAAGUCAGCAACCAUUGAAGAACGUUUAUUCCACAUAUGGACUGUUGUCUUCAUAUGCCGUUUAUGGUUUUCGUGGGUUCAAUUUUUAGAUAUAAAUAAUAUUAGAAAAAAUAAUAAUAAUAAUAAUAAUAAUAAUAAUAAUAAUAAUAGUUCUCAAUCAAUAAAAAAGCUCAAACAGAGAACAUUUAUUACAAAACCAACAUUUUGGUGCAUCGAAAUAAAUGCACAUACAUUAAUUUUUAUAAUUUUGUUAGUUAUUAAAAAAAAAUUACCAAUUGAAGCUUUAAAUACUUUUUAUUUUAAUUCACAAAUAUGCGAAAAUACUUUUCGUAUUGCUCGUUCAAUGGCGGGCUCGUUUUCAUCUAUUACUAAUUUUAGCGUUAAAUCAUUUUUGAAAAGAUGUGAAAAAAUAUCCAUUAUGAAUUCUAUUAAAGGUCGUGGUGAUCAAAUGGGAGAAUAUAGUUUUCAAUUUCCAGAACAUCAUAAAAAUAAUAAAGAAAUACUUAAUUAUUCUUUCAAGAAUAUUCAACAAUUAAAUAUAACAGAACAUGAUAUUGAAAAAAUUAUCAACUGUGCAUUUGAAACAGCUCAAGAAUAUGUUUCAAUGGUUAAUAUGACCUCAUUAUUGAAAGAUAAAAAUAUUUAUUCAUUACCUCAAUUAAGUAAAUUUGUUAAAGCAGUUUUAAGUAAAUCAUGUUCAACAAUAGUAGAUUAUUCAGAAGAUGAUGAUUCUGACAAAGAUUCAGAUGAUGAUGAAUUCGAAGAUGAUGAAGAUAUUUUUGACGACGAUGAUCAAAUACCAAAUAUUAUUGAUGAAUAUGACGAUAAUGAAGGAAAUAUCAUAUCAAAUAGCCUUUCUAAUAUAUCACAACAAAAUUUUAAAGGAUGUCGAAUAUACGAUAGGAUAAAUCCACAGCAAAUGAAAAAAUAUUUUCGAAUUAAUAUUGAUUCAUCAGUGAAAUAUAUUCAUAAGCAGACAGCCUGCUGGCUGUUAACAACGAGUAAAAGUCGCUUGUCAAAUGAUCGAUUACAACGUGUUCAAGGACGAUAA